UGAGACUAAAACCAAAACAGCCAUCGUGGAGAAAAAGCCAGAAUCUGAGCCCAAACCAGAAGAAGUCGCUAUCAACAAACAGCCAGAUUCUGAGCCAAAUACUGAGAAAGUCACCAUCGAGAGGAAACCAGAUUCGGAGACCAAGCCUAAGGAGGUGGCAAUCGAGAAAACGCCAGAUUCUGAGCCCAAGCCUGAGAAAGUGACCAUCGAGAAAAUGCCAGAGUCUCAGACUAAAACCGAAGCGGCCAUCAUCGAGAAAAAGCCAGAAUCUAAGGCCAGACCCGAAGAAGUCGCCAUCAGCAAACAGCCAGAUUCUGAGCCAAAAACUGAUGAUAGCGCCGUCGAGAGAAAGCCAGAUUCUGAGCCCAAACCCGAGAAAGCAGCCAUUGAGAGAAAGUCAGAGUCUAAGCUAAACCCCGAAGAAGUCGUCAACAAUAAGCAGCCAGAUUCUGAGCCCAAAGAUGAGGAGGUGACCAUUGAGAGAAAGCCAGAUUCGGAGCCCAAGGCUAAGGAGGUUAUUAAGAGAAAGCCAGAUUCUAAGCCAAAACCAGAGAAAGUAACCAUCGAAAGAAAGCCAGAAUCUGAGACUAAAACGGAAGCAGUCAUCAUCGAGAAAAAGCCAGAGUUGAAGCACAAACCCGGAGAAGUUGUUAGCAACAAACAGACAGAUUCUGUGUCUAAAUGUGAAGGAGUGACUAUCAAGAGGAGGCCAGGUCACGGAACGUCUUUGACAAGGAAGCCGUCUUAUCAGCAUACUAUCGAAGACAUCUCACGGAGCGAGCGAGAUUCCGAGCCCAGAAGACAGAUUGUCACCCUUGAGCGGAAGCCAGGUACUGGAACUCGAUCGAGAAAAACUCUCGUGCGCAGGGAGCAUGGCGCUACGACUCCGACCAAGACCACCACUGUACGAAGAAAACAAGGUUCUUCACCUAGGCGAAAGAUGGUCGGCUUUGAAAGGAGGCCAGGUUCGUCACCUAGGCGAAAGAUAGUCAGCUUUGAAAGGAGGCCAGGUUCUGGACGUAAAAGGAAGAGAGUCACCAUGGAGCGGAGGCCAGGCUCUUCAAGCGUUAAAAGCCAUCCACGGACUCGUCGCCGAUCGAAGAACCGUAGUGGGAGAGGCUCUUCAAGCGUUAAAAAACAUCCACGGACUCGUCGCCGAUCGAAGAACCGUAGUGGGAGAGGCUCUUCAAGCGUUAAAAAACAUCCACGGACUCGUCGCCGAUCGAAGAACCGUAGUGGGAGAGGCUCUUCAAGCGUUAAAAAACAUCCACGGACUCGUCGCCGAUCGAAGAACCGUAGUGGGAGAGGCUCUUCAAGCGUUAAAAAACAUCCACGGACUCGUCGCCGAUCGAAGAACCGUAGUGGGAGAGGAAUUUCGAUAUCAUUUGAACUCCAAGAGCACAACUAUUACAUCCUUCUUAUUAGUGGCGCCCCGGCUCCGAGCGGUUUCAGCGGCUCGCUGCCGUCCGGCGACUGGCGGGACCUGGGUCAGCGGCCCGUGUCCGACUGUCUGGCCGCCUGCGCGCGCCACAGCCUCCUCUUCAUGGCCGUGCACGUGCAGGGCGACACGACCACGUGCUGGGGCGCGCCGGCCGCCGACCUCUCCAGCCUGCAGCACAGCGCUCCGGACGUGGCCGGCAUGUACCAGCUGUUCAGCCUAGACGGACUCCGGGUCGGCCAGAAGAGUCACUUCUCCUACGGCGGAAUUGUCGAUGUCAUUUCGGAGUACCUCGCGAACGGCUACGAACAGUUCUCUAUAGCAAUGGCAGGAGACAGUCAGCCGUCGCCGCUGGUCAGCUACUUUACCGACACGGUGCCCGGAUCAGUGCGCUGGCUGCCCACCACCUUCCUGGACAGCGCGGCCCAGUGUGUGGCCCGCUGCUGCGGCCUGCGCUUCUCGCUGGCGCUGGUCCGCUCGUCGAGCGACCGGCUGUGUCUGUGUGGCGACCUGCGUGCGGGCGGUGAUCUCGGUCUGACGGACACCAGUCCUCCGUCCAGCGCGGGGAGCUUGCAGGUGGUCCGCCUGCCGGCGCCGCCGGCCGCGACCGGCAGCGCCGCCGUCAUCGGCGACGGCGUCUACCAGUCACCGACAAUUAUGGCUCAAUGGAUGACGUCCACUCUCUGCCGAGUUCUCAUCAACAACGAGCCCGCUGAUGUGAAGUUUGCGCAGCUUGCCGCGGUGCAGCGCUCCAAAGCUGUCGACGUUGGACCACCCGGCGACGACCCGGGCGUGUGCAUAUCCAAAUGCAUGUCUGAGCUCAAGAUGCCGGCGAUGAACAAGGACCAUUGUUUCUGCCUGAGCGUUGGAGACGUGGAGCUGGAAGAGACUCUCAUGGAAGGCGGCGACGUCCUCAGUGUCCUGGACAUCACGAAAUACUUGCCGAAAUCAUACGGGUCUGAGCCUGCUCAGGACAUAUCAACGUCUCAGUCGCAAGUAGACAGUCCAGCCAGCACAGACAUAUCGAUAAAUUUCCAAGUUCGGGAGCACAACUAUUACAUUUUAUUGAUCAACGGCGCCCCGGCUCCGAGCGGUUUCAGCGGCUCGCUGCCGUCCGGCAACUGGCGGGACCUGGGUCAGCGGCCCGUGUCCGACUGUCUGGCCGCCUGCGCGCGCCACAGCCUCCUCUUCAUGGCCGUGCGCGUGCAGGGCGACACGACCGCGUGCUGGGGCGCGCCGGCCGCCGAUCUCUCCAGCCUGCAGCACAGCGCUCCGGACGUGGCCGGCAUGUACCAGCUGUUCAACCUCGAGGGACUCCGGGUCGGCCAGAAGAGUCACUUCUCCUACGGCGGAAUUGUCGAUGUCAUUUCGGAGAGCCUCGCGAACGGCUAUGAACGGUUCUCUAUAGCAAUGGCAGGAGACAGUCAGCCGUCGCCGCUGGUCAGCUACUUUACCGACACGGUGCCCGGAUCAGUGCGCUGGCUGCCCACCACCUUCCUGGACAGCCCGGCCGAGUGUGUGGCCCGCUGCUGCGGCCUGCGCUUCUCGCUGGCGCUGGUCCGCUCGUCGAGCGACCGGCUGUGUCUGUGUGGCGACCUGCGUGCGGGCGGUGAUCUCGGUCUGACGGACACCAGCCCUCCGUCCAGCGCGGGGAGCAUGCAGGUGGUCCGCCUGCCGGCGCCGCCGGCCGUGACCGGCAGCGGCGUCAUCGGCGGCGGUGACGUUGGCGGGUACCACGCCCCGGCAAUCCAGGCGGAGUGGAUGACACCCACUCUCUGCAGGAUCCUCAUGGAUAACGAGCCGGCGCCGGUGAAGUUCAGUCGGGUGGCGGCACUCCAGAAGGUGCAGGCUGUCAGUCUGGGCGCGCCCGGCGACAAUCCUAUCCGAUGCGUCAUGGAGUGUGAGUCCCAGUUCUUCAAGUGGGCGGCGCUGAACAAGGGGCACUGCUUCUGCUCGGACCUGGACAUGGCGCUGGAGGACCGCUGGACGGAGGACGCAGACGUGUUGACCGUCAUGGACACCACCGAGUACCAGCCUAAGCCGGAUGGGUCGAAACUGAUGCAGAUCUUCCAGAAUCCGAAGACAAACUACUUCAGGUUCAUCGUUGGCAAUGUGCUGCAGAAGUGCGGUUACACGGCCGAGGCGGUGGACGCGGCCGCCGGCCCGCCCGGCCAGUGGACGGCCGUGGACGCGCAGCAGCAGCACCCGGCCGGCUGCGCCGCGCAGUGCGCCAUGCAGCCGGCCGGCGUGCAGCCGUUCGUCGCUGUGCUGCCGCUGGGCCCCGGCCAGUACCGCUGCUGGUGCGCCCCCCACGGCGACCUCUCAAAGUACAGCGGCGUCGUGCCCGACGCACCCGGCCGGGCGCAGAUCUACGACUUCACCGACCUCAUCAAAAUGAUGAUGACGUAGCUUUGUCUAUAUGAUAACGCCGAUUGCUUGCCUGGUGUGACCCGCGUGAUGCUCCGUCGAUGAGCAUAGCACGCUGUAAUUUUGCUGUUUUUAGGUUUUGCACUGUGUGAGCACACGUAGGUACUAGCGAAAGCACGUACGAGUAUAGUAUUUAUUGGCAGUUUAUCUGCUUUGCACCCUGCACUGUGUGAAUUUGCACGCGGCACAUGAUCUGCACCGAUUAUCGCACGAGUGAGUGAUUGGCACCAACGCACCUCCGCACUAAUGCACCUCCGCACCAAUGCACCACUUGUUUAUCAAACGCACCUGCCUACUUGUAUCAUUUAGUUGUAAGUCGGAUGAUCAGCGUUCAGCUACGUUGUAAUGAAGCCGGCCCUGCUAAUUGGCAUUCCGGUUUCCAGUUGUGUGGUAGCACUAGGUAGUGGUAAGUUGAUUGGCGAGCGUUUGACGCGAUGUGCUAACGAGCGCCGGGAUAGAUGCACGCUACUUGCACGCUGAUGCUAAUUGCAAUGGGUUACAAAUUGCAUUUGCAAUGAACCUUAAGCGUUGCACAUGAAUAAAUACACGUUCAAGCACGAA